AGAAGCUACAAUGAUCAUGAAAGCAGUCAAGAAACCGGACCCGAAUCACCAAAUUCUUCAACCUUCAACGACAUGAAAGCUCUUAUCUCUUCUCAUUCGCCAAAACGAAGCAGGAGAUCCGUAGAGAAGAGAGUAGUGAACGUACCGAUGAAAGAAAUGGAAGGAUCUCGGCACAAAGGUGACACAACUCCGCCGUCAGAUUCAUGGGCUUGGCGUAAGUACGGCCAAAAGCCCAUUAAGGGUUCUCCUUACCCUAGAGGUUAUUACCGUUGUAGUAGCACAAAAGGUUGUCCGGCGAGGAAGCAAGUCGAGAGAAGCAGAGAUGAUCCAACGAUGAUCCUCAUCACUUACACUUCUGAGCAUAACCAUCCUUGGCCUCUCACUUCUUCCACAAGAAACGGGCCUAAACCCAAACCCGAGCCCAAGCCUGAACCGGAGCCUGAGGUAGAGCUAGAGGCGGAGGAGGAGGAUAAUAAGUUUAUGGUUCUUGGAAGGGAGAUUGAAACAACACCGUCUUGCGUCGACGAGUUCGCGUGGUUUACGGAGAUGGAGACAACGUCUUCGACUAUUCUUGAGAGCCCGAUUUUCUCGUCGGAGAAAAAGACGGCUGUCUCCGCGGCGGAUGACGUGGCGGUGUUCUUUCCGAUGGGAGAGGAAGAUGAGUCUUUGUUCGCCGAUCUCGGCGAGUUGCCGGAGUGUUCGGUGGUGUUUCGUCACCGGAGUAGCGUAGUGGGGUCACAAGUUGAGAUCUUUUGACACGUGGUGAUAUUUUAUUGGAUAUUUGUUGUCGCUCACAUGGGAAGCGUUGUACGCACGGCGUUUUUGUUUUAGUUUCUCAACGGUAAUCAAUAAAUCAUCAUAUAAAAG